AAGAAGAAGAGAAGAGAAGAGGUAGAAGAAGAAUAAGGUAGGACACACACACAACUCCACUAGAUUUAAUGACCCCCCCUUAAAAUUAGGAGAAAAUUAGGCGAAAAACAAAUCCAAAAGCGAAGACCCAAGAGGAAGAAGGUUAAUCAAACCAAGACAAGAGAGAGAGAGAGAGAAAGCAAGCACAGAUAGAGAGAGAAACAAGAGAGAGAAGAAGAAGAAGAAGAAGAAGGGUAGAAGAGGACGCCGAGAGCGGCAGAGGGGUGAGGCCAUGUGUACGCCAUGGGCGUGCGCUGCGUGGACGUCGUGACACCUGCCGCCGCCCGCGCACCGCCAUCGCCAUGCCCAUGCCGCCGCAAUGCGCCUCCUCAAAACCCCCUUCUCCUCCUCCUCCUCCUCAUCCCCACGAGCACGAGGUAGGGGACGACAUGGCGGAGGAGGCGCCGCCGCCGCCGCCGCCGCCCAAGCUCCUCUACAUUGCCGUCUCCGACGCCGCCGCUCGCCGCGCCUUCCGCUACACGCGCCCCGUGCUUCAGGGCACCCUCCAACUCAUGGGAUGCAAGGCUCGCCAUGCCUUCAAGAUUAGCAAGAGGGUGUUCAAUGUGAUGAGGAGUGAAUUCUUGGAUGCAUCCAAAUCAGAUACUGCAGAUAAUGAAGAAAAUGCCCCUUCCCUUGUAAAAGAUGUUGAGAUGCUGAAGCCCAAAAUUUUGGAAGCAACUCUUAGUAGCAUACCCUUCGAGUUAUACAAGACCCAAACAACCAUCGUUGUUUCUAGGGAGAAGUUCCUAAGUGUUGUAUGUGAUGCCCUCUCUUCAUACAAGUAUGUGGGGCCAAACCAGAAGGCUGACUUUCUUCUUGCUUGCAGAAUUAAGGAGAGAAAGGAAUCAGUGACAGUACUCUUAUGUGGGACUAGCGGAUGCGGCAAAUCUACGCUAUCAUCUUUGUUGGGUAGUAGAUUGGGUAUCACGACAGUAGUUUCUACUGAUUCCAUACGCCAUAUGAUGAGAGGCUUUACGGAUGAGAAGCAAAAUCCUCUUCUCUAUGCAUCAACCUAUCAUGCAGGCGAAUGCUUAGACCCUGUUGCAGUUGCUCAGGCAAAGGCAAAACGGAAGGCACAGAAGCUUGACAUUGUUUCUCAUCCUAAUACCAAUGAAGGCAGAGACGACACUUCAGAUGAUAAAGCUCAUCAUGGAUCCUCCGAAUUGCCUCCUAGAACGGAGUUGAUCGGCAGCAAGCAAAUGGCAAUAGAAGGGUUCAAGGCGCAAAGCGAGAUGGUAAUAGACAGCCUGGACAGAUUAAUUACGUCCUGGGAGGAGCAGAAACAAUCUGUAAUUGUUGAGGGAGUUCAUCUAAGCCUCAAUUUUGUGAUGGGGCUAAUGAAGAAACACCCUUCCAUAAUACCAUUUAUGGUAUACAUUGCGAAUGAGGAGAAACACAUGGAGCGAUUCGCUGUACGUGCAAAGUACAUGACACUAGACCCAGCGAAGAACAGAUAUAUCAAAUACAUCCGGAACAUCAGAGCAAUCCAGGACUACCUUUGUAACCGUGCAGACAAGCAUCUGGUGCCCAAGAUUAACAAUACUAAUGUUGACCAGAGUGUGGCGGCCAUACACGCCACGGUUUUCAGCUGUCUUCGCAGGCGAGAAGCUGGGGAGCAGUUGUAUGACCUCAACACAAACACUGUAGCUGUAGUGAAUGAGGAAUACAGGAACCAGCGUGCUGCUAACUCACUGGGUUCCAAGGGAAUGUUUCAGUUGAUACAAAGACAGGGAUCUUCAAGAAAUUUGAUGGCUAUCCUUAAUACUGACGGUAGUGUCACCAAAGCUUGGCAUGUGGAUAAAAACAAUGGCAAUGGAAGUCUCGAUGGUACAAGCAGUGACAAAUCAACAAAAAAUCCCAUGUAUGAUACAUUUGGGAAGGCGGAGCCAGUCAAUCUCCAGUUCGGAUCUUUCGGGAUCAGUGCAUGGAUGAGUGACACAGGUGGCACCAGCCAUACAGGAAGUGUAGAUGACUUGAGAGCUGAUGGCAUUGAAACGGGCGGCAGAUAUUAUUCCUCAUGCUGCAGUUCACCAAAGGUGUCAGAUUGCCCUUCAAAAGAGCUUAUGGAGGAUGAUUAUUCAGUUUUUGGUAGCGAAGAAGAUGCUGAUGAUCCUCCUGAUGCUGGAACUGACGAAGACCUAACUGAUGAAGAAAGAGAUAUGCACGAGAUAGAAGCAGGCUCUGUUGAUGAACACUCCACCAAGUCCGACGAGGAAUACGACGAUCUGGCAAUGCAGGAUGUGAUGGAGAACGGUUACUGGUCCGACGACGAACAGGCUGCAAGCAGCACCAAGAACUCAUCGAACCAGGAGAAGAACAUCCAUGGAGCAGCUGAUGGUGAUGUUGUUGAUGAUGAAGGCAGUGGCAAUGACAGGUUUCACCACAAUCUGGCCUUCUUCCUGAAGAUGUCCAAGAAAGUAGCCGCCACAGAACUGCCGUGUGCAUAGUGCCUCCGGUGUCAAAGCAACUGUUGUUGGUCCAGAUGUGCUCUGAACUCGGUUGUUAUGUAUCCUGAUGAGCUUACCUCCAUGACUGUAACUGUAAGAGAGGAUCUGCUGCUUGUCUAAGCAAUACAGAUCACUUAGAAUCCGUGUAAUCCAAUAACUCUUGAAAAGAUGAAAUAAUAAAGGGUGAAUAAAUAGUUUGAUACAAAGUU